GUUAAAGCUCCAACUUUAAAUUCAGCCUCAGUCGGGUCCUAAUUACACACACAAAUCAACGCGCCCAACGCACGCAAGGGCUAAUUAACCACUUUCGACCUGCGUACUAAUCCUAACAUAGCACUUUCGACCUCCUCACGUAGGCAAAACAAGCUAGCAGCAUGAGCACAGCGGCAUCACCUUUGCUCGAGCGCCUCAAGGCUGCGUACCACUACCACGCCGCCGUGGGCAACGUCCGCGCCAUCUUCAUUACGCUCCUGGCCGCGGCCGCUGUCGCUGCGCUGACCCACCUUGCGCCGGAGGAGGUGGUGAUCGGCCGGCUACGGGAGCUGAGGACUGUGCACCUCUUCCUCGCCAUCUUCCUCCCGGUGGCCGCGGCCACCAUGUACCUCAUGCUUCGCCCGCGACCGGUAUACCUCGUCGAUUACGCGUGCUUCCGCACGGCGCCCAACUGCCGUGUCCCCGCAGCCACCUUCCUCGAGUACGCCAAGCAAGUCCCGGUCAUCACCGACCGCAGCGUGCGGUUCAUGACGCGGCUGCUCGAGCGAUCGGGGCUCGGGGAGGAGACGUGCCUGCCACCGGCGAACCACUACAUCCCGCCGUACAAGUACUGCACCCUCGACGCCGCCCGUGGUGAGGUCGACCUCGUCGUCUUCUCCGCCGUCGAUGAGCUCUUCGCCAAGACCGGCAUCAGCCCCGACGACGUCGACAUACUAGUCGUCAACUGCAGCCUCUUCUGCCCCACGCCGUCGUUCGUUGACAUGAUCGUGAACAGGUACAAGCUGCGGAGCGACAUCCGCAGCAUGGACCUGUCCGGCAUGGGUUGCAGCGCGAGCCCCAUCUCCAUCGGCCUCGCCAGGAACCUCCUGCAGUUGGCGCCGCAUGGCGCGCGCGCGCUCGUCGUCUCCACGGAGACCAUCACGCCCAACUACUACGUCGGGAACGAGCGCGCGAUGCUCCUGCCCAUCUGCCUAUUCCGCAUCGGCGGCGCGGCCGCGCUGCUGUCCACGUCCCCGGCGAAGGCGCGGUUCCGGCUGCAGCACGUCGUGCGCACGCUCACCGCCGCGGAGGACAGCGCGUACCACUGCGUGUUCCAGGAGGAGGACGAGCACGGGAACACCGGGAUCAACCUUAGCAAGGAACUCAUGACCAUCGCCGGCAACGCGCUCAAGGCCAACAUCACCGCCAUCGCGCCGCUCGUCCUGCCGGCGUCGGAGCAGCUCAAGUUCGCGCUCGCCUUCAUCGCGCGGAAGGCGCUCAGCGGCAGGGUCAAGCCGUACAUCCCGGACUUCCGCGCGGCGUUCGAGCACUUCUGCAUCCACGCCGGCGGUCGGGCGGUGAUCGACGAGCUGCAGCGCAGCCUCUGCCUCUCCGACGAGCAGGUGGAGGCGUCUCGGAUGGUGCUCCACCGGUUCGGCAACACGUCGAGCAGCUCGGUGUGGUACGAGCUGGCCUACAUCGAGGCCAAGGGCCGCAUGCGCCGCGGCGACCGCGUGUGGAUGAUCGGCUUCGGCUCCGGUUUCAAGUGCAACAGCGCGGCGUGGGAGUGCAUCUCGCCGGCGCGCGACGCCGACGGGCCGUGGGCUACGUCGAUCCACAGGUAUCCAGUGGACAUUCCCGACGUACUCAAGCACUAAGCAGUGGUAUUGGGAUCCUCUGAUGUGAAGUUAGAGAAACAUGAUGACUGAUACGUGGACCCAACCGCUCACGAGCCCACUUACCAGUGACCACAUCAGGAGGAAGUUCACGUAGGAUCCGCUUCCUAAGCAGAGAGAGUAAUCGUAAUCCUAUAGAAUAAUCGAGUUGUCGACCAAACUAACUAAACGUUGUAAGUUACUAAGUUCUUAUUACUGUGUCUCCCUGUAUCGACUGCUACAGAGUACAUGAUGCUGACAAGUAGUAUAAUA